ACUGCGCCCGCCGAGCCCCCCGCCGGCUGCACCAUGCCGCGCUCCUUCCUGGUGAAGAAGAUCAAAGGGGACGGCUUCCAGUGCAGCGGGGUGCCGGCCCCCACCUACCACCCCUUGGAGACCGCCUACGUGCUGCCUGGUGCCCGGGGGCCUCCCGGGGACAACGGCUACGCCCCGCACUGCCUGCCCGCAAGCAGCUACGAUGCGGACCAGAAGCCGGGCCUGGAGCUGGCCCCGGCCGAGCCCGCGUACCCGCCCGCGGCGCCGGAGGAGUACAGCGACCCCGAGAGCCCGCAGUCCAGCCUGUCGGCGCGCUACUUCCGCGGGGAGGCGGCCGUCACCGACAGCUACUCCAUGGACGCCUUCUUCAUCUCGGACGGGCGCUCGCGGCGGCGACGGGGCGCGGGCAGCGGGGACGCGGGGGGCGCGGGGGACGCCGGCGGCGCCGGGGGGCGCGCGGGGCGCGCGGGGGCGCCGGCGGGCGGCGGGCACCGGCACGCGUGCGCCGAGUGCGGCAAGACGUACGCCACGUCGUCGAACCUGAGCCGCCACAAGCAGACGCACCGCAGCCUGGACAGCCAGCUGGCGCGCAAGUGCCCGACGUGCGGCAAGGCGUACGUGUCCAUGCCCGCGCUCGCCAUGCACGUGCUCACGCACAACCUGCGCCACAAGUGCGGCGUGUGCGGCAAGGCCUUCUCGCGGCCCUGGCUGCUGCAGGGCCACAUGCGCUCGCACACGGGCGAGAAGCCGUUCGGCUGCGCGCACUGCGGCAAGGCCUUCGCCGACCGCUCCAACCUGCGCGCGCACAUGCAGACGCACUCGGCCUUCAAGCACUACCGCUGCCGCCAGUGCGACAAGAGCUUCGCGCUCAAGUCCUACCUCCACAAGCACUGCGAGGCCGCCUGCGUCAAGGGCGCCGAGCCGCCCCCGCCGCCUCCCGCUGGCCCGGCCAGCUGAGCCUCCCGCCCGGAACUCGCUCUCCUCGCGCCCCGGGUCCCCCACCUGCGCCCGCAGCGCCCUCUCCAAUCCCCAGCUGCGUUUUCCUGCCCGCCCCGCUCGAGGGGACCCCCAUCCCACCCAGGAACUUUUCUCUCCAGCCCCCAAACCCACAGUUCUCUUCCUGCGCUCUCCCCUAGCGCCCCCGACCCACAUCAUCUUUUCCGGGCCCCACUCGGACCUUAACCCCCUGUCCGCGCCUUCAAGGCUCCCAACUCAGGCACCAGGUCCGCACCUCUCCCGGGCCCCAGAGCCAGAAGUUUCUCCUCCCCAAACUCUGCGCCGCUCUCCCAACUUUCAGACCUUUUCUCUCGCUUCUCAGCCCAGCCUCUCUGACCAUUCCUCUGUUGGAGCCCCCAAUCUAAACCCCAAACCUACCCUUGACUCCCAUGCCUGCCUCCGUUUCCCUGUGCAUAUCUGGAUGCAGGCCCUGUAGCCCUCAGACUACAAUCCAACCCCAGACCCUCCCGCUGGCCCCUGCUGAGUCUCCCCGUGUGUGUGUCCAUCUGGGGAUCUAAUCUUCCCCUUUCUUGGAGUCGCUGGUCUGCCCUAGACCCCUGCAUGCCUGGGACGCUCACACACACCCGCACCCCACCACACAUGUUCCACUCUAUCAGUCUUCGGGGGCCUCAUCACCCACUCCCAGCCCCUUCCCUCUCCAGAUCCUCUCAUCCCUCUAGUCUCACCACUCUGAGUUUACCUAACCUGGAGCAAACUUGAGGGGGAGUUUAGGGCCCUGUCCCCUAAUGGAACCCCUCUCCUACCCCAGGACAGCCCUUCCCUGGGCUUCCAAUCUCCUCCUCCCAGCCGCCCUCCUCCCAGAAUCUCUGAGCACUUUCCCCCACCCCCGGGACUACAGGUCUCCCUCCUUACUUGUUGGGGGAAGGUCUGGAGCGCCUCGCCUAUGCCCUUCCCUUGUCCGGCUGGGCCCUCCAGUUAUUUAUUUGUGUAUUUAUUUAUUUAUCUAUUUAUUAUUCUAUUUAAUGUCUUGGCCUCACCCAGGGACAGUCUGGCUUCCCCAGCUGGACUGGGAGGUCAGGGAGCCAGGCAAGAGAGGGACAGCAAAGGCCAUAGCAGCUGCCCCCACCACACACACACAGUCUCGGGGAGAAGCCCCACCCUCAUCAGGGCCUGAACUGGCUAAGAGAGGGGACUCCAGAAUGGGAGGGACAGCCUGCUGACCUUCAACUUGGGGGGUGGGGGCGCAAGGAAGCAUCAGGAGGUCCAGUCACGGGGCAGGUCCCCGCCGUCCUGAGCCUUCCACUCUAACUCCAUGGAGCCCGGAGAGAGGAGCCUCCUCGAUUUGUUUCCUAUUUAUUCCUCUUCUCAGAGACCCCAGGUUCCAGGGACCGACUGAGCCCCGGACCCGCUGGGGCCUCCUGCCCGCUCCCGGGGAGGAGCGCUCCCUCCCGGCCACGUACGUCUAUGCAACUCUCCUGGGCAGAGGGGCCGGGGCUGCCAGCCACCCGCCCGUUGGCCGCCACUACCUCCUCCGCCGCGCUUUCGCAUGCCCGGGCGAGGACCGAAGCACACGCCUCCACGCGCAAGGGCCCUGGCCCCUCUGCUUUAAGCACACGCCUCUGCCCCGCCGCUCUGCGCCCUGCUUGUGGGCCAGAGUCCUGGACUCUCGGACCCUCCUCCUCUUCCUCACCCUAGCCACAAAAGGGGGUGGAGACUGGAGGGGCCCCUGGGGCAGGGGCACUUCUCUAGGGCUUCAGAGGGGUGGGCGGGCCUUGGCCCAGCUCCGGGCCCAGCGGGAAGGGAGGCUGCAGGGAUGGCGGGGGAAGAGGGGUCGCAGACGCAAUUAUGGAGGGUGUUGACCCUGUAAAUAGGAACUUCUGACAGCAAUAAUUUUCCAUGCAUGCUAAGCCUUUUGGCCAUAUUUUGUAUGAGCGCUUGGCGCUCCCCCUCCCUCCUCUUCUCCCAACGAACCCCCAGGCUCCCCUCCCUUCCCUACCUUCAACAGUAUUACUUGUAACGCAAUUCAGGGAUAUUAAAGGGACUUUGGCCACUCA